ACUUUCUCUCUCCUUUGUGUGUGUGUGUGUGUGUUUGCGCGUGCUUUUGCUUCAUAUUCUGCCGACAUCACUCCAAUCUAAUGGGGGUUAACUCUGCUUCUGCGUAGGAUCCGAUGCUGCUACUCCUAACUCCUUCUUUUGCUUCUACUACUGAGUUUCAUAUCUCCUUGCUGUUGACGCUUAUGCUGAAGACUGGAUAAAAAUCUGAGGAAGUUUAGUUGUUUACUUUACACCGACAAAAUUAACAUAGAAAUCAUCUUUUGGAGGCUUUAUGGCGAUGCAAACUGUUUAUGUUAAAGAACAUGAGGGAAAUGCACACAAUUUUGUGGGGCAGUUGUCAUCUGCAACUUCAGCACCUUGGUGGAGUGCCUUUGGAUCUCAAUCCGUUUAUGGGGAGUCAUGCGGCCAAAUGAAACCCUUUUCAUUGGAGCUUCCUACCUGCAUGGACCAGCUUGCUGCCAACAAGUCAUCAGCAAGAGGAGCUGAACAAGUGUUGGGUAAAGGACAUACAACUCAGUUUACCAUCUUUCCAGAUGAUAGCAAAAUGUCAGAUGGUGCACAAAAGCCUCAGACAUCCAUAUCACUGCAGUCAUCACUCACUGAUUCUCACCCUCGUUUUGAGCUAGGAUUUAGUCAGCCCAUGAUAUAUGCAAAAUAUCCUUAUAUGGAUCAAUUUUAUGGGCUCUUCUCAACUUAUGCACCUCAAAUUUCGGGACGUAUAAUGCUGCCACAUAACAUGACAUCUGAUGAUGGACCAAUUUACGUAAAUGCUAAGCAGUACCAUGGAAUCAUUAGACGCCGGCAGUCUCGUGCCAAAGCUGUACUUGAUCAAAAAUUGACUAAAUGUCGCAAGCCCUAUAUGCAUGAGUCGCGCCAUCUCCAUGCAAUGCGGCGACCAAGAGGAUGUGGUGGUCGCUUCUUGAACACAAGGAGUUCUGUUAAUGAAAAUGGUAACAGUGGAAGGAAAGUGAAUAAAAGUGUUGGUGAACAAUUGCAGUCCAGUGGCUCUCAGAGUUCUGAAGUUCUUCAUUCUGAGGCUGGAACUUUGAAUUCAUCAAAGGAGACUAAUGGAAGCAGUCCAAAUAUUUCUGGUUCAGAGGUGACUAGCAUGUAUUCAAGGGGAGGCCUUGAUAGCUUUGGUAAUCAUCUUGGAUCUGCUGUCCACUCUUUUGCAGACAUGAUAGGUGGUGGGCGUGGUAUGAUCAUACCCCCCAAAUGGGUUGCAGCAGCAGAUAACUGCUGCAACCUUAAAGUUUGAUUGACAAAGAACUAAUGAGACCAGAUGAAGAAGCUUUGUUUCAGUUUCUUGUGUUGACUGUGACAAGUUUCGUUCUGUAGGCAUGACCUAACAUCUGGUUUUUAAGGCAAUCCAUCCUUGGCUCAUAGGCAAAUCAUCCUUGGCUCAUUGUACUUGUAGUACUGUCUGUUUUCUGCACAGGAGACUGUCUUUGGCAUGGUAUAUGGUACUAGCUAAUGACCUUGAUAUCCUGGUACAGAAGACAAUUGUGUGUUUGUCUUGUGUGAAAAUAAAAGCACGAAAUUCUAGUUGUGUGCUAUUAAUAAUGUCUGAAGUGGUGUUGUAUUCUGUGUGUGUCCUUGAGGAGCAUUGUAUCAUAGAACUUUGGCAUGUGAUUUUUGUUAAAAAAAAAUUAAGUAUUGGUGUGAUGUUCUCC